AUGACAGAGACGCAUCGCCCUGUGGCUGUGUGGCUUUCCUUUUUAGAGGAAUGGACAGAGGAAGCUCGCUUGCGUGGUGCCAAGUCCGCCGCCGCUUACUUGAAAGCCCAUCGAUCGUUGUCGGCAUGUGAAGAUCCGCUAGUCCAUCCAUGCGAGACAGUGCGUUUGCGUGGCAUUGGCGACUCGAUCGCCCAGCGAAUUGAGAAACAAUACGAGGCAUGGUGUACGGAGAACAAUGUUCCUAUGCCACAGAGACCCUCUGCAUCGUCGGGCGAAACAUCAUCGCGUACGUCCCAAGAACGCACGGCAACGCGUCGUCCACGUCGCGUCAAGACCUAUGUUCCUGAGCCUCGUUCAGGAGCGCAUGGCAUUUUAGUGGGUCUAUACGCCAAAGUGCUGGAAGAGCAAGAUGAGGAAGCGUUCCUUGGGAAAACAGAGCUCAUUGCUCGUGCGCAGCCGUUUUGUGACACCGACUACCUCGUUCCCGGUGGCGGCUCAAGUACAUCCAUCCCAUCUUCACUACGACGCCGUGGCAUGCCAGCAGCAAGUCAACCUAUGGGCUCCUCUCGACGGUCCUACAUGACAGCAUGGCAGGGAAUGAAGACCCUGAUCGACAAAGGUUAUGUGUAUCGAUCAGGGAACCCUGCACGGUUUUCCCUCAGCGAUGUGGGUUUGCCUGUAGCGCAUGCGCUAGCCGUCGCAGAAGGGAUAGCUGCUGCAAGUAGCACGUGUGUGCAACGAGCAUCAGGGACGGAAGCUAGGGAGCUCAGCUGUGACAUCGCUAUGCCGCCGCUACCAGGUACCUAUGAAUCGUCGCUCGAGAUACGACCGUCUAUGCUAGCCGUGCAAGACCCCGUACCAGAGAAUACGAGUACGAGAUACAUCCAACCGGAUACCCCUCAAUUGUAUUUGCCUUCGCGUACAAAACCUAACGAGCAUCGCGACCCUGAGAAUGUGAUUGUCCUUGAUGAUUCAGAAGACGACGAAAUGUACGUCGAAGUUGUAAUGCAGUCUGAUGACGAUGACGAUGUCCAAAUCACUACGACACCAAUACCUGCAGAGAAACAAAUACUUACGGAACCUAAACGGAUCGAGAUUUCAUUGCUCGACUCGUCCCCCUUGAUUGUUCGAUCGAGUUCACCUGCGUCACCGUACGUUCAAGAGGAAUCAGAGACAUUGUGCACCAUUUUACCUCCUGAAUCGUACGAGAUUUGCAUGAUUCUGGAUCAUCGUGAAGUGCGUGUGCGCUCUACCACGACCUCCCAUGAUGCGAGCGCACGUCGGAUUACGUUUGAAGAGGCCAUGGAGCAACGUGGAAUUCCUUGUGAACUGCGUGCGUUGGAAAUGGGUGACAUCCUAUGGGUAGCUCGGCCUAAACCAGAUCUGCCUCCUGCUACAGCGCAGGUAUGGUCGCGCAUUGGCGAAGUCGUAUUAGAUGCAGUGAUUGAACGAAAACGGCUGGACGACCUCACCUCGAGUAUCUUCGAUGGGCGUUGGCACGAUCAGAAACUACGUCUACGACAAUCGGGAAUGGGCCAUAUCGUAUACCUUAUUGAGGAUAUCAACGUCGCUCAGCUGGUGCAGCGAUACGGCCAACAAAUCCAGACAGCUCUAAGCAGCACACAAAUCAUCGACGGCUUCUACGUGCACCGCACAGCCAACGGGCAAGCCACAGCUGAUUUUUUGGCCAUGAUGCAUCAUGCUGUGGAAAGUAUGUACAAGGCAUGUCCAUUGCACGUCCUUCGUGAAGAGCAGUUGGAUCGCACACAGUACAGCGAACUGCAGCAGACACUGCGUAUGAAACACCCUGCUACGCGAUUCCACACAUCGUUUCACACGUUCCAGCAACUGCACAGCAAAGGAAGUAUAGGGUCCACGUUGCAGGAUUUAUGGACGCGGAUGCUGUUGUGUAUUCGGGGUGUGUCGCCAGAGAAGGCACAGAUCAUCGUACAUCGAUGGUCUACACCGCAAGCGCUGUAUAUGGCGUAUCAGGCUUGUGCCUCCGACGAGGAUGCCCAGACGCUGCUGUGCCGGACAUUGGAUCCACAGGUCUGUAUCCCACGUCGUCGCAUUGGCCCAGCGUUGAGUCGUAGGAUCUGGUUCGCCCUGCACGAAGAAGCCGGUUUAUGA